UGCAUCCUCAAACUUUCCCCUCUAAGUGUUAAAGUUGAAUAAGGGAAAGAAAAGGAUGAAAAUGUUACCGGCAAUUCUUGCCUCUUUUGCUCUUAUCAUAAGCUGCUUUUGGGGGUUUCCUCAAGUGGCAAUGGCUGGCCAUGGACCUGUCACACGACACUACAAGUUUGAUAUUCGUCUCCAAAAUGUAACUCGAUUGUGCCACACAAAGAGCAUGGUGACAGUCAACGGAAAGUUCCCCGGCCCUCCCAUUCAUGCUCGAGAAGGUGACAGGGUGGUAGUAAAAGUGGUAAAUCAUGUCUCCAACAAUAUCACUAUCCAUUGGCAUGGAAUUAGACAACUCCGUAACGGAUGGGCCGAUGGGCCGGCAUACAUAACUCAAUGCCCGAUCCAAACAGGGCAUAGCUAUGUAUACAAUUUCACCAUUGUUGGUCAGAGAGGAACUCUUUUUUGGCAUGCUCACAUUUCUUGGCUAAGGGCCUCACUCUAUGGGGCAAUUAUCAUCCUUCCUAAGAAGAACACUUCUUAUCCCUUCCCUAAACCACAUCAAGAAGUCCCCAUUAUCUUUGGUGAAUGGUGGAACUCAGAUACAGAAACAGUGAUCAAACAAGCGCUUCAAACUGGAGGUGGACCAAAUGUUUCUGAUGCAUACACCAUCAAUGGACUUCCUGGUCCAUCGUACAACUGCUCUGUAAAUGAAACGUUCAAGCUGAAAGUCAAACCAAGAAAGACAUAUCUGCUCCGCUUGAUAAACGCAGCACUGGAGGAAGAGCUCUUCGUCACCAUCGCCAACCACUCCGUCACCGUGGUUGAAGCCGACGCGCUCUACGUCAAACCGUUCCUCACGCGCACGCUCGUGAUAUCACCGGGACAGACCAUGAACGUCCUCCUCAAAGCAAAGUCAAACCCCCAAAAGUCAACCUUCGCCAUCGCGGUCGGACCAUACUUCGCAGGUCAAGGCACGUUUGACAAUUCCACGGGAGUCGGACUUGUGGAGUAUGACAUCCCGCAGGCCCAGUCUCGGUCAAACAGGACCGUUGACCGCCUCUCUCUGCCGCCUCUUCCUCCCGUCAACAGCACGACUUUCGUGCAGAGUUUCGCCGGAAAGCUGCGGAGUUUGGGCAGUUCGGAGUUCCCUGCAAAUGUUCCACAGACAGUGGAUAAGAAUUUCUUCUUCACCGUAGGCCUUGGAACUACUCCUUGCCCUAAAAACCAGACUUGCCAGCAGGGGCCCACCAAUGUCACAAAAUUUGCAGCUUCUGUGAACAAUGUGUCUUUUACUACACCCACAACAGCACUUCUCCAAGCCCAUUACUUCAAGAAUUCUAAUGCUCAAGUCUUCACAACUGAUUUCCCAAGCCUCCCUCUAGUGCCCUUCAACUACACUGGCACUCCUCCCAACAACACCAUGGUGGCUAAGGGCACUAAGCUGGCGGUGGUUCCCUUCAACGCCACCGUCGAACUGGUGUUGCAGGACACUAGCAUUAUCAGUGCAGAAAGCCAUCCCCUUCACCUUCAUGGACACAACUUCUAUGUUGUCGGGAGUGGGUUCAGCAACUUUGAUCGGAAGAAAGAUCCGGCCAAGUACAACCUUGUAGAUCCCGUUGAGCGAAACACGAUCAGUGUUCCGGCCGGUGGUUGGGUCGCUCUCCGCUUCCGAGCUGAUAAUCCUGGAGUUUGGUUUAUGCAUUGUCAUUUGGAGGUGCAUCUGAGCUGGGGGUUGAAGAUGGCAUGGAUUGUUCAGGAUGGAAACCUUCCUCACCAGAAGAUACUUCCACCACCUUCUGAUCUUCCCAAGUGUUGAUUAACCAGUCACGUCAUUGUUGUUUGAUUAUAUUGAGCGUGCAUGCAUUUCCUCAAAAGAAAAAAUGGUGUUUAUAAUUUGUAUUAGGUAGUAUAUAUCUUUUUGUUCCAUCAUUAUUUGGAAGUAUGUGAUGGUGAUUGAGCUUUUGGAGAUUAUACUCGAAAUAAAGCAAAGGGACAACAAAAUUGGAAAGUGUGAUAUUGGUUUUGUACAAUUGUACUUCGGUUCUCUACUUUUUUCAAUGAGUAAUAAGAUAGAUAACAUGUUUAUCCAUUGUUUAAUUA